GAGCAUUGCUUCGACAUGAUCCUGUUCGACACAUAAAGAGCGGGCUCGAGACGUUCAACACUUCUCGCGCUCAAGAUAUUCUCCGGUUUCAUUCACCAUGCUUUUCUCAAGCAUUCUUCUUCCGGCUCUUACACUUUUUACUCCCUUGGCUUCCGCGGCCUUUGGACUCACCAGCAACACCGACAGUUAUGUUGUCGAUGCUGGAGCGUCCAAUACGCUUGUCGUGACCGUCAACAAGAAGAGCUGUGAUAUCACAUCCAUUCUCUACCGUGGCGAGGAGCUCCAGUAUAAAAGCACAGGAUCCCACAUCAGCUCAGGUCUCGGAUCUGCAACCGUGACUGGAGAAGUCAUCGCCAGUCAAUAUGCCAAGAUCACUUGCAAGACCAGCACGUUGACUCAUUACAUCGUUGUCAAGAGUGGCGACAGCGCCCUGUACAUGGCCACAUAUACCACAGCUGAACCUACUAUCGGCGAAUUGCGAUUCAUCGCUCGUCUCAACUCCAAGUCUUUGCCUCUGGAGUAUCCUUUCGGUGCCGCUUCGACCAUUGCUGGGAGUACUUCCACCGUUGAAGGGUCGGACGUGUUUGUUGUUAACGGCGAGACACGAAGCAAGUUCUACUCCAGUCAGCGCUUCAUCGAUGACCAGGUGCAUUGCGUCUAUCGAGAUGGUUCGGAUCCAAUUCAUGCGUGUAUGGUUCUUCCCAAUCCUGCGUAUGAAGCUUCCAGUGGUGGACCUUUCCACAGAGACAUCAACUCCAACAAUGUCGGCGAUUACACUGGUCUCUACUUCUACAUGAACUCUGGGCAUGUGCAGACAGAGUCUUUCCGUCAAGGCCUUCAUGGUCCUUAUGCUAUUGUGUUUAGUCGCUCGGGUAUCCCGGCGGUCAGCAGCGUCGAUACAUCAUUCUUCUCAGACAUCCAAGUCACUGGAUAUAUGGCUGACUCUGGUCGUGGUCGAGUCUCCGGUACAGCCUCUGGUAUUGGAAGCUCCUUCCAGACUGUUGUUCACUGGUAUAAUACAAACAAUCAGUACUGGACAUAUGCAAACUCUGGCGGCAGCUUCACCUCCCCACCCAUGCGACCUGGUACCUACACGAUGGUCCUCUAUCAGACCGAGUUCAAGGUAGCUGAGACUACUGUAGCCGUCACUGCUGGAUCAACAGCAAGUAAGAGUAUCGCAUCUGGAGUCACUGCGCGCAAGACGAUCUGGACGAUCGGUAGCUGGGAUGGUCAGCCUACUGGAUUCCUCAAUGCCGACAAGCAACUUCGUAUGCAUCCAUCUGACAAGCGCAUGUCCAGCUGGGGACCUCUUACAUAUACCGUCGGUACAAGUAAAUUGACAGACGUCCCGAUGGCACUGUUCAAAGGUGUCAAUGACCCCUUCACGAUCAAAUUCACUUUAUCAGCAGCUCAGGCCGGAGCCGCUACUCUGCGCAUCGGUACCACCCUGGCGUUUGCGAGUGGCAGACCUCAAGCCAAGAUCAAUAGCUACAGCGCUGCUGCUCCCGCCGCUCCAGUGAAAAUUGAUUCUCGUGGCGUGACGAGAGGAGCGUAUCGUGGAUUUGGCGAGGUUUAUGAUAUCAAGAUUCCUGCUGGUACUCUGGUUGCCGGAGCAAACACCAUUACCAUAACUGUUGCAUCAGGUUCGAGUGGUGCCUCUUACUUGGCGCCAAACUUCAUCCUGGAUGCCAUAGAGUUAUUCCAAUAGGCUGUAAUUCUCAGAUGAGGCUCUUUCAGAUAGUAGCCCUAACCAGCG